AUGCCCGAGGACCACUGGUCCGCCUUCGGAGUGGUUUACUCUUUGGGGCCCCCCGAAGUGUCUUUGGAAGCAGACAGCUGUCUGUACACCCCAGGGGCCCCCCCCAAGGCCGAGCUGCAGCGGCUGUUUGCUGCUCAUGUUGCUGCUUGCAUGCAUUUUUUGAACGAGCUGGCAGCAGGUUCUGAGGACUGCAGCAACUCGCUGCGCAAAGUCGCGCGGCUGCACCGCAACUUGCUGCACCUGCUGCUGCUGCUGCGCCACCAGCAGGCGCAGCAGCAAGUGCUGCACCGGCUGCAGCAGCAGCUCAAAAAACGAAAACAAGCAGCAGAUUCUCUCAAACGCGCCCUCGCCCUUUCCCUCAAAGACAUGCAGCACGCCCUCGCACUUGCUGCUGCUCCCCGCAACCCCAACCAGCAGCAGCAGCAGCAGCAGCCCAGCAGCCCCUCAGGGGGCCCCCAGGGAGGCCCUCAGGGGCCCCCAAGCGCCCCCUAG